AUGUCCAACUCGCCGUUUUAUGGCAACAAUUCUCUGCCUUCACAGCAAUACGAUCCAUCAUUGGGCUACCCCUACUUCCCACAGCCCGAGACCAGACACACGCCAUCUAGCCUAGGCUGGCCUCCGGGCACAGACUUUGUGAAGCUAUACAAAUUCUUCGUCCCCAAGGGCAAAUUACCAUACUUUCAGCUGCAGGAGAGGUACACACCAACUAGUCAGACUCCGCAGAGGGUACAUUUGGAUGAAUCAACACCAGGGUCGUACAAAAAGAAUCAAUUUCCUUGCCAAUAUCCGGGACCAUGCAAUGGAAAGGUCAGUGUCUUCGGUCGCCCAGCAGACCUUGAACGCCACUACAAGAAUGUCCACGCCGACGUCAAGGAUUCAUUCCCUUGCGACUACCGCAAGUGUCCUCGAUCCCAAGGAGAAAACUCUUUUACGCGAAAGGAUCACUACAGAGACCAUCUUCGAGACUACCAUAAGGAAGAUAUCGGCUGUUGCAGAGGCGAGAAAUCAUCAGGAGGGAAAGAUAAACUGAAGUGGCAGAAAGCACAGAGAUUAUGGCUUGCCGAGCGCAACAUUGAAUACAAGUACUGGCGCUGUGCCAGGUGCCUCGUCAAGAACUAUGUUGAACGACAAGGAUGGGAAUGUGCAUCAUGCAAAAGUCCCUGCGAAGAAGAUCGCGUCAGAGCUCGCCAGAAACUUGGUCCUGGGAUGCAAACCCCAGAGGAUCACAGCGAAGUUACCAUGGUGGAUGGCGCUCAAUAUGCGGCUCCCUAUUGCUCCACUUGCCAUGGUAACUCGUAUGUUGAUUAUGGAUAUGGGCCCUCUGCAUGCCCCGACUGCCAACCUACUGUGGUACCGUACUAUGAGAAUAUUGUCUAUCCGCAGUAA